AUGGCCCAGCCAGAGACUCCGAAACAAUGGGAGAAGAACGUUGGAGGGAGUGCUCCGGUCUCACAGCAGCUGGCGCCUAACACAUAUGCAUCAGAAACCGCACUAACCUCACCAGAAGCAGAUGUUGUAACGAAGAGUGGUUCGCAGCUCCAGCAGAACGAAUCCGCCAGUGACUCGACUUCUCCAGCAUUCCUCCAGGCGGCUACAGCGGCCCCUCCAGAGGCGUCACCCAACCCAAGAAGUUGCGUAACAUGUCGCCGCAGAAAGGUCCGCUGCAACAAACACCACCCAUGCUCCAACUGCAUCAAGGCAAAAAUCGAAUGCGUGUAUCCUAGCCCUGGGAGAGCCCCAAGGAAGCCAAAAAAGCCCCGAGAUACAGAAUUGCUGGCGCGCUUACGAACUUUGGAGAAUAUUGUAAAGAACCUCGGAGGGCCAGACGCAAUACAUGGAAAUCCAUCAUCAUUAUCAUUGAAAAAGCCCCCUCUCCACCAAAACAGCGCUAUCGAGCAGCCGAAAGAUUAUGCGAAUACCUCAGAUGCAAUGCAACAGGAUGCUACAGUCAAGAGCGAGGCCCCUGAUACAAGUGAAAUUGAGGAAAAUAUGGGCAAAUUAAUGGUCGAAGAGGGAGGUAGCCAAUAUUUUUGGGAAAACGGUGCGUUUAUAUCUCCUUUUUCCAUGGCAACCCACUUUUUACAAAUAUUAAUUGUACAAAUACUGACUUGUCCCAAGGUGGAUGAUUUAAAAAGCAUACUUGAUCCCCUUUCAUCAGACAAUGAAAAUGAUACGGUUGAAGAGUCUGCCUUUGAUGAGUCCUAUGGUGUGAAUCAUGAUGGGUUCUUAUUCGGUUUUUCAUCACUCGCACAAAGCCUUCGGGAUUUUCAUCCUCCACCCAACCAAGUGGACAUUCUUUGGGAAACUUACCUUCAAAAUAUUGCUCCUAUGGUCCCUAUUUUCCAUACUCCUACUUUAAAACCGGCGCUUUAUCAUGGUAUCAAGAACCUUGAUUCGUUGGACAAAAACACAGAGGUAAUGAUGCUAACCAUAUACUACACAAGUGCUGCGUCUAUGAGUGCUGCAGAAUGUCUCGCUCGUCUAGGAGAACCCCGAGACAUUGUCCUAGGCCGUUAUCGCUUUGCCGUUGAGCAAGCACUAGGUCGGGCAAAAAUCUUACACUCUGGGAGUUUUACUUUGCUUCAAGGAUUAGUUUUAUUCUUGCUAUGCGUGAGACAACACGAUGAUACUCGUUACGUGUGGUCAAUGAUAUCCAUCGCCUACCGUAUCGCGCAGGGUUUAGGCCUUCAGCGAGAUGGAACUAAUUUCAACCUAUCACCCUUUGAAACAGAGAUGCGCAGACGUUUAUGGUGGCAUAUUUGCAUUCUUAAUUUCCGAGCAUCUGAAGACUAUGGAUGUGACCCGUUCAUAUAUGAAUCUUCAUAUGACACCCGCAUGCCCUUGAACAUCAAUGAUGACGACAUUUCUCCGGAUUCUGUGGAUUUCCCAGAAGAGAAAGAAGGCUGCGUCGAAACAUCAUUCUUUCUGAUUCGGUGCGAGAUUGCUGUCGUCAACAAGAGGCUGAGCUUUAUCCCACCCAGUUCUUCUUGCAGGCUACAGGUUUCUCGCUACUCCAUGGCUGAGAGAGAAGAACUAAUUGACAAGCUCAGUUCUAACCUUGAGACGCGAUUUGUUCGGCACUGUGAUAUGACUAUCCCUAUCCACUGGGUCUGCGCCACUGUUUCCCGGUUGGUAAUUGCAAAAUUAUGGCUUAUGAUACACCAACCAAUGGUUCAGAAAUCUCAACGCAACCCGAUAGCCAAAGAAACCCAUGACCGGCUUCUGAUGACAUCCGUGGAAAUCCUUGAAUUUUCUCGACUUUUAGAAACGAAUGUUAAUACGGCGAAGUGGGGCUGGCUUUUCAGGACACACAUGCAGUGGCAUGCAGUUGCAUUUCUCCUGUCCGAGCUGUGCGUCAGGCCACUCUGCCCUGGAGUUGACCGUGCGUGGAGAGCAAUCAAUUCUGUUUACGAGGCUUGGAAUAUGCACUCUGAGAAAAAGAACGGUAUGCUCUGGCCAGCCAUUCGCAAGCUGAUGGCAAGAGCGGUGAAAUUCCGAGAAAAGCAACUUCACCAGCUUACUCUGCAGCGCGGAAAACAAGACCUUGAUAUCCCAGGCUCAUGUGCAGCUACUCCGUCCACAGACCCUUCUAGUACAUACCUGACCUCCUCCUCCUCACCACCACAAUACCUGCGUGAACCAACCAGCUACUCCAGUUUAAGUUCAGACAUGCACAUCGACAAUAAUACUCUUAACCAGAACUAUAACCUUACUACCAUACCACAAUUGGGCACCGCUCUAGAAACCCAGUGGGCAGAUCCGGCGGCGAUCACGCAGGUCGAUACUAGCAUUUUGUCAUCUGCUUCCCCAUCUUGGUCAGAUUGGGACCAAUUG